CCUGCCCUCAGCCACAUCCUCACCACCUCCCAGCUUGGUGCCAUCCGCAAACUUAUGAGGGUGCACUCAGUGCCCCCAUCAGGUCAUCAAUGAAGACAUUAAACAGGAUGUUUAAUGCAGGGAGCCCUGGGGGCAGCACUCACAACGGGUCACAGCUGGGCUGCAUCCAUUCGCCACGACCCGCUGGGCACGGCGCUCAGCCCCCUCCUCACCCACGGGAGUGCAGCCCUGGCCAGGCCACGGGCAGCCAGUUUCCCCUGAAGAACCCCAUGAGAAUCCGUGUCGAAGGCCGUGCUGCAGCCCGCGCAGACCGCAUAACCCACAGCCCGCGUGCGUGCGGCCGCACUCGAGGUUUUGCGCACGCUUUCACGGUGCCGUUAGCGAACAUCGCGCCCUCGGCCACGUGCGCCUAUUGCGUGCGCGUCUGCACGGCUUCAGCUCGCCACCACAUCCGUGUGCCCCUGUGCGAUCCCACAGCCGCCCCCAACGUCGCCCAGGGGUUUGAAGCCCCGCGGGGACACGGCGGGCCCCCAUCGGAGCGCGCGGCGCCGUGGAGCUGCGGGGCCGCUGCCGGCUCGGAGCGCGGCCGUGCGCGCUCUUCUGCUGCCACCUGGUGCCGCCGGGGUGCGGAGCGCAACAUUGCGGCCCCACAGCCGGAGCCUGAAUGCAGUGAGCGCCCCGAGGCAUCUGCCCUGGGAACCGGGGUACGGCCCUGCCCCACGUCCCACCCCACUGCAUCCCAGCGCAUCCCACUGCAUCCCACCCCACCACAUCCCAUCCCAGAGCAAACCGCUGCAACCCAUCACAUCGCGUGGGAUUCCAUUGCGUCCUAUCCCAUCCUCACAUUGUACCCCAUCCCAUCCCACUCCAUCUUAUCCCAUCAUUCCCCAUCCCAUCACAAAACCAUCCUAUAG